AAGUCAGUUCAAGUUCUUUGGAAGAAAGGCAACCUGAAUCCAUUUUUUAAAAAAGUAAUUUUUUUUACUCCCAUAAACAGGCUUAUCCCUUUGGUGGAGAAGUGCAAUGUUGAGUGGGAGUUAAUUGCAAAUAGCUCCAGUCUUGCAUCCUCUCAAUUUAACAAUUCCCAGAAAAGUUGAAACUUCUCCCAUCCUACCUGUAUGUAAAAUCUCAAGAGAAGAAUUUUGACAGGCCCAGCCUUUCUCUGAUGCUCACUCCUGGGGUAAGGAGAAGGGGUAGGGAUGAAUAGCCCCACCAGAGCCUAUGGAACAGAGAGGGGCUCUUUCAAAAAGAAGAUGCUGUUAUCAGAAGUGGGGAAGGAAUGUUGGGAGGAAGAGCUACAGCAAACUAGAAUAAUCAUUUAUUAUCCACAUUGUGUGUGGGGUGGUGAUGGUAGGGAGAAGGGUGUCAUAGCGAUGAAGAGGUUACUCGAGAGACACUUAUACUAUACUCUCCUUCGGUGAAGGUGGCAAUUGGGAAGGUGGGUCCAGGCUUCUUGAAGGUAGGGGAGAGCAGGAACAAGACCCAGACAUGUGGGAAACAUGAGGAGGAACAGCUGGACUACACUGUGAGGACUAGUUUGGGGGAUUCAUUAGCAGACAAAUCUGGCUGGGGAUAAAACUAUAUUUUUCGAUAUUUCUAAUGCUUUGGAUCUUUGGCUUGGAUUGCAGAGGUAGUAAAGAAAAGGACAGAAGUAAAUCACAAGAAGCAGAGGAAAGGGACAUGGGACAGUAUUAUGCUGUCUUUCCAUUCUCCCUUCAAAGUUGAGCCCUUUUCAACUGUGAGUCUGUACAUUUAUGUCACUUUCAUUUGUCUGAUUCCAGAAAGACACUGCUUUCACUGGUAUCCGGGAGAACCGCUUCCUAGUGAUGGGAAAAGAGAUGGAAUCUGAUCCUGAGUGUGGGAGUGGCAACCAGUAAGCCAGUUCGUGAAGCAAAUGAUGGCUGCAACAAGGGGUCCCCAGCGACAUCCAUCCCCAAGCAAGGGCUCCACACAAGGACAGAAAUCAGCCCCUCAUAGCAACAGCCCUGACUAUGAAGCUUCCUGCCAGCGCUUCCAGCAGUUCUGCUACCAGGAGGUAGCUGGCCCCCAUGAAGCUUUUAGCACUCUCUGGGAACUCUGUUGUCAGUGGCUGAGACCUAAGACACACUCAAAAGAGCAAAUCCUGGAGCUGCUGGUUUUGGAGCAGUUUCUCACCAUCUUGCCAGAGGAGAUCCAGACCUGGGUGAGGAAGCAGCAUCCAGAAAAUGGUGAAGAAGCUGUGGCUCUGGUUGAGGAUGUACAGAGAGUACCUGGACAACAGGUCCUGGAUUCUGGGAAGGACUUAAAAGUGCUCUUCGAGGAGACACCCCCUGUGGAAGCAGCCAGAGAAUCACUGAAAUCCCACCUGAAACAGGGAGUUCAUCCAGAGGAACGGACUUUGCAGGAGUCACCGAGCUCACACCAGAGACCAGGGGAACAGUCAGGAGCCUGGCUUACUCCAGAGGCUUCCAGGAACCAUCCCCAGAAGAGGGGUCUUCAAGACCAGGAGACUGGUGCUGUGCUCUGGACCACUGAACCCCAGGGGCCAGUCACAUUUGAAGACAGAGCUGUACCCCUCUAUCAAGAAGGACGGACUCACCUUGGACGUGCACAGAGGGCCCUAUACAGGGGUGUUACACAGAAGAAUGACAGAAACGUCUCACUAGCACGUGUGCAGUGGAGCUACGAAGAGACCAAGAUGCUCCUGGCCAUUAUCAGUAAUUCUCAAUUCCAUGAAAAACUCCAGACCUGUCAGCAGAGCAGCCAAAUCUACAAGGCUGUAGCAGAACGACUCCAGCAGCAGGACUGUCUGCGGACCCCAGAGCAGUGUUGCACUAAGUUCAAAAACUCAUGGUCAGGUUACCACAAAGUCAGGAGAUGCCAUGUACCUGAAUCUUGUAUCUUUUAUGAGGAAAUGGAUGCCCUUUCAAGCUCCUCUUCACCUUCUGUAGCAAUCGAUCCUACUCCUGACCAAGAGGGAAGUGACAUGGGGUCUGGAGAGCUGAGUCAGCAGAACGGGGCCCCCACACAGACUGGAGAAGUUGCCAUUGUGGAUGGUGCAGCUGGAGAUGAAAAGGAUAUCAUGUAUCCUGGCCAGGAAGUUAGUGAAGUUGACCUGCCAGUCCUGUUCCCGAACAGACUUGGUUUUGAGAUCAAGAAUGGGAUUAAAAAAGAAAAUCCAAAAUGGGAUGAUUCAGAGAAAGAAGUGAACAAGCCUUUACAGAGAAAGUCUAGUGGAGAACUUUUUUGGCACUCUGAGCUCAAAACAGGCUGGGAGGGUGAGCCAGUGUCAAGAAGACAACAUAGACAUUCUCCAGGGGAGAGUAAGGGAAGAAUCAAAUCCCAGGAGAGGAUAAGUCACCAUAGUCUUUGGAUUGAAGAGAAGACUUCCACACAUCUGUGUGGGAGAAACUGCUGUCACAGCUCUCCCUCCGCUCACCACCAGCCAGCUCCCGACGUAGAAAAAGCUUCUAAAUGUCAAGAAUGUGGGAAAAGCUUUAGCCGAGGUUCUUAUCUUGUUCAGCAUCAGAGAAUCCAAACGGGAGAGAAGCCUCACAAGUGCAGUGUAUGUGGGAAAGGCUUCAGUGAGCUCAACCUCACUGCCCACCUAAGGACUCACACAGGGGAGAGACCCUGCCAGUGUGGGGAAUGUGGGAAAAGCUUCAACCAGAGCUCCAGGCUCACUGUACACCAGAGGACUCACACUGGGGAGAAGCCUUAUCAGUGCACUGUCUGUGGGAAGAGAUUCAAUAACAGCUCCCAAUUUAGCGGGAGAGUCCACACCAGGGAGAGCCCAUACAAGUGUGCGCAGUGUGGGAAAAGCUUCAAUGACAGCUCCCACUUCAGUGCCCACCAGAAAACCCGCACUAGGGAAAAGCCUUACAAGUGCUCUCAGUGUGAGAAAAGCUUCACUAAGAACUCUGCUUUUAUCUGCCAUCAGGAGGUAUUCAUAGAAGAGAUACGUCAUAGGAAAGAAGAAAUGUGCUGAGUGUGUAGGAAACUGGACACAUCAAUUCCUUAGGUCAACAUGUGUUUCUUAGAGCUGCUUCUGCUGUGGGGAGUUCUACUAGCCAAUCCCUGGAUUAGCAGUAAACUUACUGACAACUGGAUCUGAAGAACCACAUCCAGGAAUAGAAAUCACCUAAAAAUACUGAUUUCCAUCUCUGCAUAUGACUGCACAGUCUUACAGUGGAUUUCCAUUUUGCUUUGAAGGGGGGAAAAGCUGUAGGACCAUUAGUCCUGCCAGGAAACUACAGUAUCCUUGUUCUGAACAGAGAACAGGUAUGUAGUAGCCUGAGAACUGUUUCUGGGUCACGUCAGAGAAGAAAUUCUCCUUCUUUGUGGGGAGCACAUCUAGAAGUUUAAUAGCCUGGAUCUAUUCUAAACCAAUAAUUGACCUCUAGGUACCUACUGUUAUCUCCAAAUCAGAUAAAACUCUGUAACCCAACUACCACCAGAAAGGGAACAAAGGAAAAAAAGGAUAGGUUAAGCCACUGGAUAAUACUAAAUCUAAGCAACUUAGACUUAAUCUUGGAGGAAGCAUAACAUCUAGUUUGAUUUUUAUAAGAUUUCUCAUCUUACCAUCACCACAUCACAGUUCCUGGUUUCUUGUCUCUUAUAGAAAAUUGUUUCUAUGAAUUUAUGAGAAUUACUAUUUCAGAUGAAAAUAAAAGUGUUUCUCCCUCUACUUCCUGGCCCUUUGGUUAUAAUUUUCUCCAUUAGAAGCUUAACACUCAUGUAGAAGCCUGCAGGGUCCUGAAGGGGGUCUAAGUGUAGAACCUCAGGGCAGUAGGAUAUGCCAAGAAGGAAUACAGGGCAGGAAAUGGGGAGAGGAUGAACUGAAUUGGGCAGGAAUGGUUUGAGCUAUCACUGAGAAGGGAGAUCACAGGUGUAAGGAAAGUAUAGGGAUACAGGAUGCUCUGACUGUAGGGGAAAGGCAGGGUAAGUGUGAGGAACCCUAAAAACCAAAGUUAAAACGUACUGAUUCAGAAAAAAGCUAAGUAUUUAAGGUUUUGUGAAAUCUCCAUGGAUAAAAAGUACUAAAAUAUGGGUAUAUUGUACACAGUUCUUGGCUCUUAUAGUAACAUCUUGGCAAGAUGUUACUACCUUAGAUAAGUUAUGGUGAAUAUCAAGUGACAUGGUCUCUGUUGAGCCAUUUUGAGGAAUUAAAUAUGAGCAAAGAACGUACAUUCUACCUCAAAGAAGAAAAAUUUUUUUCUCCUGAAUUUUGGGGAAGAAGCAGCAAAGGCAGGAAACAAGAAUAUACUUCAGUGUUUCAUCAGUUUGAGCCUUGCUGGGGCCACCCCUCAUUUCCCUGCAUAUACUGUCCUUGACCAUGGUCCUCAGGGCAAGCUGUGCAGGCCAGUUCCCAGGGUCACAUACUUACCUCUUCUCUAGACGGAAAUUAACAUCUUUGAAGAGCCUGAGCAAAGGCAAAGAGGUGGGCUUGAGUGUGACCUGUUGGGACAGCCUGACCUCACUGGAGAUUCAUGAUGGAGGUGACAGCGCGGGGUGGAUCAAUUAUCAAAGCGCUUUGGAUAUCAGCUCCAAGAAUCGAGACUUGGUAGAAGAGGAUAACCAGUGAAAGUCGAUCUACGCACUAAGGAAGUGGAGAUACUCAGUAAGGCCUCCCUAGCAGGCUUCUCCCAUGCCUGGGUCGGCUGUGGCCAAGGAAACUGGGAUGCAACUGGAGAAUUCCCUGCAUUUUUAGGUUGCUUCCACCUCCAAAUUGCUUUAUUCCCCAGUCUGCUGUGCACAGUACUAGAGCUGGCAAACCUUGCCUGUCUGCUACUAUGGAUGGCCUGGAAUAGACAGGCAAGAAUUGGAGAAUACAUUCAUUUAGGAAAUAUUUGAUUGCCUAUAAUGUACCAGGUAUUGUAGGACCUAGCUACAAAGCAGUGAACAAAAUAUACACUGUCUCUUCCUGAAUCAUACUCAUUGGACC